UGCCUGCAUGUAACAUGUGUUCUACCAUCGAUAUAUCGAUAGUUUUGCUGGCUAAAAAUUAAUAAAAACACAAAAAUGAAACCGAGAUCCCAGAAGACCCAAGGAAAAUCUCAUGGAAAACCCCAGGGAAAAUUCAAUAAAGGUCCUGGCAAGGUGGCCCACAAUCAGAAGCCCUAUUUCAAGAAGAAAAACCAGCAAAAGGGAAAAGAUGACAAGCCAAAUAAACCCGAGAUCCGGAAUAUGAAACGUCAGGAAAAGGCUUCCCAGGAGAAAGCGGAAAGGGAGAAAGUUCGGGCGGAGCGGGAUGCCCAGAUAAAAGCCUAUAAAAAGAAGCGCUUGGAAAAAACAAAGGCCAUCAGCAAAAGGACCCAAAAGGGACAGCCUUUGAUGAAGGAUCGCAUGCAACUCCUUUUGAAGCAGAUCGAGGAGAUGAAGGGCCGUUAAGUGAGUCCCAGGACGUCUUGUGAUAUGAGAAACACGGAAAA